CACUGCCACUUGCGUUUCUCAUCUAGAAUCGUUGACGUUGAAUACAAACGUAUGCGGUAGAACUGGGAUUUACGGUAGUUGUUGAAGUUUGAUGAAGCUUGAAUACAAACAUGAAACACUCUAUUGCAAUGGUUUGUGAUUUUUUCUAUCAUGUGGGAGGAGUGGAAAGUCAUAUAUAUCAACUGUCGCAAUGCCUUAUUGAAGGACAUAAAGUAAUUAUUAUCACUCAUUCUUGGCAUAGAAAGGGAAUACGUUACUUCACAAAUUAUCUUAAAGUUUAUUAUCUUCCAUUUGUGGUCAUGUAUAACCAAUGUAUUUUACCUACAUAUUUUGCAACUAUUCCCUUGAUUCGAAGUGUUUUGUUACACGAGAGAAUAACCAUUUUACAUGGACACUGCUUUUCUGCAUUAGCUAUCGAAGCUAUUCACCAUGCACAGACAUUGAGAAUUAGGACUGUGUUCACAGAUCAUUCCCUCUUCGGUUUUGCUGAUGGAUCCUCCAUUAUCACAAAUAAACUUUUAGAAAUAACACUGACAUACACAAAUCAUGUAAUAUGCGUCUCUCACACAAGCAAAGAAAAUACUGUGUUACGUGCUGACAUUGAACCAAAAAAAGUAUAUGUUAUUCCAAAUGCUGUUGACGCAACAAAAUUUACUCCAGCAACUGAGAAUCAAGUCAAAGACAGGAUAAGGAUUGUGGUCAUAAGUCGACUCGUGUAUAGAAAAGGAAUGGACCUCCUUGCUUCAUUAAUACCAAUAUUAUGUUCUCGGCACAAAGAUAUUGAUUUUGUAAUUGGUGGCGAUGGUCAGCGUCUUCUUCUUGAGGAAACGAGAGAAAAAUUCCAGCUGCAUGAAAGAUUAAAGUUUUUAGGUGCUGUUCCUCAUACAGAUGUGAGAGAUGUGCUGACAACAGGGCAUAUUUUUCUAAACACAUCCUUAACUGAAGCAUUUUGUAUAGCAAUAAUAGAAGCUGCAUGUUGUGGAUUGCAGGUUGUGAGCACGAAAGUUGGAGGAGUACCAGAAGUACUUCCUCAUGAUAUGAUAAUUUUGAGAGAACCAUCAGUAUCUCAUCUUAUAGAUGGUUAGAAAGUCGCAAUUUUAAAACAUCGAGAAGGAACUGAAAUGGAUCCUUAUGAAAUGUAUCGAACAUCGGUUUUAUAUACAUGGCCCAAAGUUGCUGAAAGAACAGAAAAGGUUUAUGAUUCAAUGGCAGAACAACCCUUACUUCCUCAUCAUGAACGAUUAUUACUGUUUAAAAAAUGUGGUCCUGUCGUAGGAAGAUGUUUUGUUGUAGUAGGAUAUGUUUCACUACUCAUUUGUUGGCUUUUGGAAUGGAUGUUUCCUAUCAAUAUAAAAACGACCCGAACGUCUCAGAUAAUUUUAAUAAAAGUCAUCAAUGAUGCAUUAGUUUAUAUAUCUGUUGUGAUUUUGUUUUUCAAAUUUUAAUGUUUUUAUUUAUUUUUCUAAAUUAAAAAUCUCUCAUUUUGACAUCACAGUAUGCUUUUGUGCAUAGUUAAAGUUGCUCUCGCUUGAUUUAAUGAUUCAUUAUAUUCACUUUAUAAGCAGUUCCUAAUUGACUUUAAAAUGGCAAGUCUGUAUCAACUUGAAAAUGGCAGCUGGUCCGAUUUAAUAUAUAGAGCAAUGUGCAUCAUUAUUAGGGACUGUGGAUGUAUUUUGUUUUGUCAGUUUAAUCCAUACCUAUCUCUUUGUGGCUAACUUCUUUGAAUUGACCUGAACAGAAUUGAAUAUCAACAAUGAGGUUUGGUUUCUGUAUCAGGAGGU